UCGUUCCUCUGGUGCCAAAAUCGGUCGCGUACAGUGUAUGCAGUGAUUUUUCGUUGAAAAGUGGUUCGCGCGGUGUUAAAAGUGGAGUGGCCUUGUGUGGCUACCUUAGGCGUUGAGUAUUUUUCAUUUGUUUUUAACAUGAAUGUCGAUCAGUUGUGAUUGUGAUCAGAAAUAGACAAAAGGGUAAACGACGACCAGGUUGCGGUUAAAUAAAAAAUAUCACUCAAUAACAAACAAUAACGAAAUAGGUCAUAGAGACCGAACGUUUGAAGCAAUAUUGCCCUUGUGCCGCCUUUGUCGAAACAACUGUGAAGCCUUGUGAUUUGUUUUUGUUCCUCCACCGAUCCGGAGAACAAAUCGUUUCCCCAACGCUAUCAACGCUUGCCAAGAUCUACCCGACAAUUGCAACACAUAACUAUCCAGCCAUCAAUUCAAUCCCGUAACAACCACGAUGCCACUGUUCGGGAAAUCGCAGAAAAGCCCCCAGGAAUUAGUGAAGGCGCUCAAGGAAGCUGUGUCUUCCCUCGAGCGCGGCGAUAAAAAGGCAGAGAAGGCGCAGGAAGAUGUUAGCAAGAAUCUGGUACUUAUCAAAAACAUGCUCUACGGCACAUCCGAAGCUGAACCACACGCGGAAAUUGGAGUCUCACAACUGGCACAUGAAUUGUAUAGUACCAAUCUCCUGCUGCUUUUAAUCCAGAAUCUUAACCGUAUCGAUUUCGAGGGCAAGAAGGAUGUGGCGCAGAUUUUUAACAACGUCCUAAGACGACAGAUUGGCACCCGUUCUCCGACGGUUGAGUAUAUCUGCACAAAGCCUGAAAUUCUUUUCACCCUAAUGGCUGGCUACGAGCACCAGGAGAUUGCACUCAACUGCGGCACGAUGUUGCGUGAGUGCGCUCGCUAUGAAGCACUUGCCAAAAUUAUGUUACACUCGAACGAAUUCUUCAACUUUUUCCGUUACGUCGAGGUUUCGACGUUUGAUAUCGCGUCCGACGCAUUUUCUACCUUUAAAGAGUUGCUCACUCGCCACAAAAUCCUAUGCGCUGAGUUUCUUGAGCAAAACUACGACAAGGUGUUCACACAUUACGAGCAGUUGCUUAACUCGGAGAACUACGUCACACGGCGCCAGAGUCUUAAGCUACUCGGUGAACUGCUACUCGACCGGCAUAACUUUACGGUUAUGACAAAGUAUAUUUCCAACCCUGACAACCUGAAGCUAAUGAUGAACAUGCUAAAGGAAAAAUCUCGAAACAUACAGUUCGAAGCGUUUCACGUCUUCAAGGUUUUCGUGGCUAACCCAAACAAGCCAAAGCCAAUUCUCGACAUAUUGUUGCGCAACCAAGAGAAGCUGGUUGAUUUUCUAACACGUUUCCACACCGAUCGCUCCGAAGAUGAACAAUUUAAUGAUGAGAAAGCUUACCUGAUCAAACAGAUCAAGGAGCUAAGACCAGCAACGGACUAAUAGAAGAGUUUCUGGUGCGAGAGACACUACGAAAUGUUUCUUUGCUUUCGUCACAAACAUCUAUUAUCUAUUCCUAUUUUCAUUUUCAGUAGAAUUUUAAUUUAUGGGUUGGUUGGAAGUUUUUGCUGCCGGUGAUGGUGUUAGCAAUAGAGAUGGUAAUGAUGUUCCGCCUGUGUGUGCUAAACUCGUCGCUCCGUCCGCCUGAUACGUUGACGUUUAUCCUUAUUAGUAAUUUAGCAUUGCAUAGAUUAUUGUAGCAAAUAUUGAUGUUAAUAUUGAUUUCCUUUGUCUUGCGUAAACAACCUCAAUUUAAACAUAGUUCUGUGAAACCUGUGAUGGGGUGUAUGAGCCACCAUAGGACAAUCAAAAUUGUCCUCGCCACAAGUAACUAAGUUUAAUUCGACCAAACCUGAAUUUCUCCGGCAAGUUAAAUCGUUAGAUAAAAUAAAAAUUUGACUCAAAUUGCAAAAAGCAAAAAAAACCAUUCACCUUUCACUGGUGAUCACAACACGAGAAACUAGGU